UCAUUUUUCGAGCUCGUGAGGGGCGCGUUCUGUCCGAAAGAGAGCGCGUGAGAAUCUGCGUUCGUUCCCUCGCGGUAAGUUUGUGCGGAGCAGCGCGGACUCGCUCGGUUCUCGUCCUAAUACAGUCUCCAGAAACCAAGCUCCAGGAGGACGAUCUUCUACCUCCACAGCGCUUGAUUCUCUCUGGAAACUCCUCUCGUCCCGAUCAGUGAAAUCAUGUCUGCCUCAGCGGCUAAAGUCAGUAAAAAGGAACUGAACUCGAACCACGACGGAGGGGACGAGACCUCAGAAAAAGAGCAGCAAGAAGCCAUCGAGCACAUCGAUGAAGUACAGAAUGAAAUUGACAGACUGAACGAGCAGGCAAGUGAAGAGAUUCUUAAAGUCGAACAGAAAUACAACAAACUUCGCCAGCCGUUCUUCCAGAAGAGGUCUGAGCUCAUAGCCAAAAUCCCCAACUUUUGGGUCACCACAUUUGUCAACCACCCACAAGUCUCUGCUCUUCUUGGGGAGGAGGAUGAGGAGGCGCUUCACUAUCUGACCAGAGUUGAGGUCACAGAGUUUGAAGACAUCAAAUCCGGCUACAGAAUAGAUUUUUAUUUCGAUGAAAACAUGUAUUUUGAGAACAAAGUCCUAUCUAAAGAAAUUCACCUGAACGAGAGUGGAGACCCAACCUCAAAGUCGACAGAGAUCAAAUGGAAACCUGGAAAAGACCUCACGAGUCGGUCCGGUCAGACACAGAGUAAAGCCGGUAAGAAACGGCAACAUGAAGAACCCGAGAGCUUCUUCACCUGGUUUUCUGAUCACGCCGAUUCAGGCGCGGACGAGUUGGGCGAAGUCAUUAAAGACGACAUCUGGCCGAAUCCUCUGCAGUACUACUUGGUUCCAGACAUGGAGGACGAGGAAGGAGAGGGUGAGGAUGAUGAUGAAGACGAGGAAGGUCUGGAUGAUAUUGAUGAAGAGGGAGAAGAUGACGGAGAGGAAGAGGAGGAUGAUGAUGGAGAGGAUGAUGACGGCGAGGAUGACUGAAGCUGAAAUAGAGGAAUAUUAUCCACGUCUCCCCAGUCCGGUUUCCAAAUUACUUCUUUGGCUUUUUUUGUUGUUGUUUUUGGGGGGAGGGGGGGGGGGGGCAAGAUGCUUCGUUUUCCUGUUUUUGGUUUUGAGCUCCAUCUUUCCUCUAUCCUGAACUUGCUGUGACGAAGUCCCCUGAAAAGACUCACAAUAAACUGACGGCAAGAUCUUGCCGACAUGGCAUCCACCAUCUCAAUUUCCAAACGCAUUUCGAGGUAAAAAGCAAAACACUGUAGUUAUCGGCCACACAACGUCUGGAGUAGACUUGCAAAUAGUGUUCUGUUUUUUUUUUUUGUAAUUAAAUAUAUAUGUACAAAUGAUCUUCUUCCUGUUGCCGUUUUGUGUGUUUAAUUGAACUGAAGCCACGGAGCGCUGUGAUUGGCUAGCUCUAGCAUUCUCCACCGUUUUGUUUCUUUAUUCUUGGUGUGUAUAAACCCUUCAUGGAAGUGAAUCCCUGUUUCAGGAGGGCUGAGGAACAAGAGGGUUUGUGAACACCAUCAUUGAGUCUUUGAUUUUUAUCUUGUCUUGUUUUACAGACAUUCACCAGAUUUGAAAUGGAUUUUUGAUAAAGAAAAUAAAAUAUUCCAAAAAAUCUAA